CUUUUUUAUAUUUCCCGACCGUUGAGAUUGAAAGCUCCCUCCUUGACAACUCGCAACUCUUAACACUCUGUAGUGCUCUCUCCAACGGUCUUCUUCUUCUCCUCCAAAACUUCGCUCUCCAAAGAUCCGAUCUUUUUCUUCUUCUUCUGCGAUUUCUCUUCCCAAAUGGGCACCAAAGAGCUUCCGGACUCCGCCUCUCAGCGCCGGAACUGGCAGAACAUCUUCAACGCGCUGGCACAGAUGCUGCGGUCUCAGCAAUCGAACCUCGAGACGAUGGCCGGCGACAGAAAAGUCUUCAAAGAUCACGUCAGAGUGCAAGAAGAGAAGUGGAUCUCCGCGUUUCAUCUCUUGGGAGAUCAAAUCCGCCAGAUGAAGGUGGACUUGGAAUUGAAAGAAAUGGAAGGCUCCGUUGAGGCGGCCAAGUUAGGGUGGGCUCUUAGUAUGGAGCAACAAGAGGCUUAUAUCGCGAAACUCAAGUUAGAAUACUCAGACAGUGAGUUAGAAGGUUUCAAAGCAUGGUUUGACCUACACUCCAACAAAAAUACCACCUUAAAGCAGCAAUGUGAUAAGCUUGCUUCCGAAAAGAGCUUUGCGUGGCAUCAGUAC